GCUGACGCCUGAGGCCCCAUUUCCUAGCGGCGCGCGCCGCUCCUCCCCUCGGGCAUCGCCGCCCCCGCCCUCGGCCUCCCGCCCGCCAGCCCUGCCCGCCCGAGCGGCGCGAGGACGCUGAGCGCAGGUGCGUCUGCAGGAGCCUGGGACGAGCCAUGCAUGGGCGCUGUUGACACCAUGAUGUCCAUCAGGCAGAGAAAAGGAGUCCGAGCAGCAGACGCAUCGGGGGACAGCGCAGCCCAGCAGGAGGACGGGGCACCGGAACCGAAGCUGCCCUCCGAAGGUCGUACCAGUGGAAGAUUAUGGAAGAUUCUGUCAUUUACAGUCGGCGGAGCCGUCGCCCUCUGUGCUGGACUCCUGACGUCCGUCUACCUGGCCACCUUACAUGAGAAUGACCUGUGGUUUUCCAACAUAAAGGAGGUGGAGCGGGAGAUCUCGUUCCGGACGGAGUGCGGGCUGUACUACUCCUACUACAAGCAGAUGCUGCAGGCGCCCAGCCUCGCGCACGGUUUUCGUGGCUUAAUGUACGAUAACAAAACAGAAUCUAUGCGGACCAUUAACCUCCUUCAGCGAAUGAACAUUUACCAGGAGGUCUUCCUCAGUGUUUUAUACCGAGUUCUGCCCAUACAGAAGUACCUGGAGCCCGUUUACUUCUACAUCUACACCCUGUUCGGGCUGCAGGCAGUCUACGUGGCGGCUCUGUACGCCACCAGCUGGCUCCUGAGCGGCACGUGGCUGGCGGGGCUCUUGGCGGCUUUCUGGUACGUCACCAACAGGACAGACACCACCCGGGUGGAGUUCACCAUCCCGCUGCGGGAGAACUGGGCGCUGCCCUUCUUUGCGGUCCAGGUCGCGGCCAUCACGUAUUUCCUGAGGCCAAACCUGCGGCCUGUGUCCGAGCGGCUGAGCCUGCUCGCCAUCUUCACGUCGACGUUUGUCUUUAGUCUGACCUGGCAGUUUAAUCAGUUCACGAUGCUGGUGCAGGCGCUGGGGCUGUUCGCACUGGACUCCCUGGGCAUGCUGCCGGCCGCCAAGGCGACCUGGCUGUACUCCAUCCAGCUCACAGCUCUGCUCCUGGUCUGUGCCCUGCAGUUUUUCAAUUCCAUGAUUCUUGGAUCUUUGCUGAUCAGUUUUAACCUCUCAGUAUUAAUUGCAAGAAAACUUCAGAAAAAUCUGAAAACUGGAAACUUCCUUAGUAGGCUUGGGAAACUAUUGUUACAUUUACUUGUGGUUUUAUGUUUGACGCUUUUUCUCAACAACAUGAUUAAGAAAACGCUGAACCUGAGGUCAGAUGAGCACAUAUUUAAAUUUCUGAAGGCCAAGUUUGGAUUUGGAGCAACAAGAGACUUCGACGCGAACCUGUACCUGUGUGAGGAAGCGUUCGGCCUGCUGCCCUGGGACACCUUCGGGCGGCUCUCGGACACCCUGCUGCUCCACGCCUACGUGCUCGUCCUGGGCGUCACGGCGACCAUGGCGCUGGCUGCCGCCCUCCAUCGCCUCAGCGACUCUCCCACCCAGGGUCACGCGGGAAGGUGCGCGGUCAGCCUGGGGCCGGACACCGCCUACAACUUAACCCACACCGUCGCGUUCGGAGCCUUGGCGCUGAGCACAAUGAGAAUGAAGUACCUGUGGACGCCGCACGUGUGCGUGUUUGCAGCUUCUGGCCUGUGCAGCCCUGAAGUGUGGGGGUCGCUUCUGAAGGUCGCCCGCCUUUACACCCCAGCAAGGGUGUGUGUGGUGCGGCACGCAGUCCCCCUGCUGACGCUGCUCUGUCUGGGCUGCAAGUUCUGGCCGGGAGUGAUGGACGAGCUGUCGGAGUUGAGGGAAUUCUACGACCCCGACACCGUGGAGCUGAUGCACUGGAUUAACUCCAACACCCCGCGGACGGCCGUGUUCGCGGGCAGCAUGCAGCUGCUGGCCGGGGUCAAGCUGUGCACGGGCAGGACGCUCACCAACCACCCGCACUACGAGGACAGCGGCCUGCGGGCGCGCACCCGGGCGGUGUACCAGGUCUAUGCACGGAGGCCCCCCGAGGAGGUGCACGCGCUGCUGCGCGCCCUGGGCACCGACUUCGUGAUCCUGGAGGACAGCAUCUGCUUCGAGCGCAGGCACCGGCGCGGCUGCCGCCUGCGGGACCUGCUGGACGUGGCCAACGGACACAUGAUGGACGGCCCGGGAGAGAACGAGGCGGGUUUGCAGCCUGCAGGCCACCCCCGCUUCUGCGAGGAGAUCCGGAGGGGCCUACCGGCCUACGCGGCGCUCUUCACCCGCGUGUUUCAGAACAAGACCUUCCACGUCUACCGGCUCCAGAAGCACGUGGCCGGGCCUCCCGCUCCGUCUCCGUCAGGACAGGCUCGAUAGCUAGCGUUUCUUGGUGAUGCAGCUGGAACCUCGGCGCUGUGGUCGCAGCAGGCUCUGCGCUCGGCGAUGUUCACACCGCCGUCCCCGCCGCUGGAGUCUCCUCUACCAGCCUCUCCGUCGCCUCGUCUCUGUCCUUCUCUGGGGUGUUCUCCGGCCUAAAUGGUCUCAGCUUCCCAGGAGGGACGUAGGCUUCCGUGGCCGGGAACCCGCACGUGUCCAUCGGUGGCCUGAACCACCACGCGUCCUGUGGGAAAUCCACAGCCCGUCCAGGGUUCGAAACCCUCUGAACUUUCAGGUGACCUCCGGCCGAGGCGGCUGAGUGCAUCGAGGGUGCGUGACGACGUUAGGUAACACUGUCUCACUAGUGAAGGCCAACCAGUGGCUUUUCAAAGGCUCCUUGUUGUCCUGUUUCACCUACAAGUUUUAUAAUAUUUUCAGAUGACCAUGCUUUUAAUAUUUCCAGAACAAUCAUGUUAGGUCCUUGUAACCAGAACGUCUUGCUGUGCUCCGUCUGACAUGUAUCGUGUAACACGUGUCGUGUCCUGUGGGUGCAUGUGUGUGCGUGGGCGCAUACGUGUGCGUGUGUGAGUGCGGGACACAGGGACGUUUCAGGAUCCACAUUGUAAGUCUUGAAGGGGCGGGAAUGUGUAUGUGGCCGCGUGAGUGUCCCUGUCCAGUGUUAUCAUUUUACAACCUACUGACACCACGGACCUAUCCUGCAAGAAAGAUAACUUCUGAUUUCUUACUUGUUUAAAUUGACUGGGUUUGCACAAUUUUAUAAACGCUUUGUUUUUAGCCUUUGUAUUUUUACAGCCUAGAGCCUUGCAGCCUGAAUAUUUUCUAAAUAUUGUCUCUUACCUGCGUCACUGAUGCAGUAUUUCUGGCCGAGGGCCUUUCCUGCCAAGUCGGACUGGUCUCCAGUGUCACUGUGAGGGGCCGGGGGCGGGUCACUUCCUCCCUCCACGCACCCAAGUGCCUCGACAUCCCGCUCACCCCUGUGCACGAGGGCUCUGCGUCUGCUCGCGAGGUUUCAUAAUUAACUUCUAAUCACGGGCAUGAAGCUGUUGGUGAAAGCAUUCUGUACGCUUCAUUAAACCAGGAUGGCCGAUG